UUCGGUGGGAAUCCAUUGGCUGACAGCUGUUCCCGGUUUGGUCCCGCCUCCAUCUGUCAGGACCGCACUGCUACAGCAGAGACUGUUGAUGCUCUCCAGUCAAAUACUACUCUUUAACUUUAUACUACAGCCCUGGGAGGACUUUCGCGAAGACGCGCCGUAUCAUUUGGUUGCGCAGGACGCGCGCGUCUCCAAACUGCACCGUCGCCUGGGUUUUCCUCCACUUUUCCCACCAGCCCUUCUUUUUUUCUUUUCUUUCUUUUUUUUUUUACACUAUGAAGUGCAGUUAUGGCAAGGAGUAGCAAGUCAGCGGCGAGGACCCUGGAGGAUUUGACGCUAGAUUCGGGUUAUGGUGGAGCCGCCGACUCCUUCAGGUCUUCCAGUGCGUCGCUGUGCUGCUCGGAGGCACAUGGGGGGACUUACUGGCAUCUAACCGACUCGAUGCACAGUCGACACAACAGUCUGGACACUGUCAACACGGUCCUGGUCGAAGACGCCGAGAUCCUGGAGUGCACCGGGCAGUGCGCGAAACUACCCGAGCUUGAGGAUGUGCCGUGGAGCCUCGGGGAAGUGGCGAGCGCGCUGAACAAGGACGAGGAGAUGAGCCUCCCGACCCCCCCGCAGGACGUCCUGCUCCGGCUCUCCGUGCUGGUCAGCCGGGCCCUGGUCAGGGUGGCCAAGGAGGCGCAGCGGCUCAGUUUGCGCUACGCCAAAUGCACCAAAUACGAGAUCCAAAGUGCCAUAAAGAUGGUCCUGUCGUGGAGCGUGUCGGUGAACUGCAUCGGCGCGGCCCUCAGUGCCUUGUCCCUGUACAACAUGAGCACGGAGGAGGACAAGUUCAGCCGCGGCAAGUCGGUGCGCUGCGGGCUCAUCUUCAGCGUGGGCAAGUUCUUCAGGUGGAUGGUCGACAGCAGGGUGGCCGUCAGGAUCCACGAGCACGCGUCCAUCUACCUGGCGGCGUGCAUGGAGAGCCUCUUCCGAGAGGUGUACGCGCGGGUGCUGCGCAAUGCGCUGCUGGAGCGGGAUAACGGAAUCCCCAAGUUGACUGUGGAGAUCCUGGAGCAGGCCGUCAACGGGGAUGCGGAGAUAUGGGGCUCUCUGCAGAGCUGUCAGCACCUCAUCUGCGGGAAGAAUGCAGGCGGUGUUCUCAGCCUACCUGAAGGAGUCUCUCUUCACCGGGACCACCAGCAGCCGCCGCCGCCGCCGCAGCAGCGAGCGGGGAAGAGCGGCGAGGGGAACGCCUACAGCCAGUCUGAGCUGCGCUCUGUGGAGCAGUGCUUACUGGCCACGAGAGUGGGCAGCAUCUCUGAGCUCAGUGAUUUAGUGUCCCGAGCCAUGCACCACCUACAGCCGCUCUAUAUGAAGAACCAGAGCAACGGGACGCCGGUCCACCAGAAGAGCAGCAUGAUUCACUGGGCGCCCGAAGCCAUCUACACGCUGUGCUACUUCAUGCACUGCCCUCAGAUGGAGUGGGAGAACCCCAACGUCGAGCCCUCCAAGGUUACCUUACAGACAGAGAGGCCGUUCCUGGUGCUGCCCCCCCUGAUGGAGUGGGUGCGUGUGGCUGUGGUUCACACGGAGCACAGACGCAGCUUCUCGGUGGACAGUGAUGAUGUUCGGCAGGCCGCCAGGCUGCUGCUGCCUGGAGUGGACUGUGAGCCUCGCCAGCUACGAACGGAUGACUGCUUCUGUGCCUCGAGGAAACUGGAUGCUGCCUCAACUGAGGCAAAGUUCCUGCAGGACCUGGGCUUCCGUAUGCUCAGCUGUGGGCGCACAGACCUGGUGAAGCAGGCCGUCAACCUGCUCGGGCCGGAUGGCAUCAACAGCAUGAGUGAGCAGGGGAUGACCCCGCUCAUGUAUGCCUGUGUCCGUGGAGAUGAGGCCAUGGUCCAGAUGCUGCUGGACGCAGGAGCUGAUAUCAACAGUGAGGUGCCAAACUCAGUGCACAAGCACCCCUCAGUCUUUCCCGAAACGCGGCAGGCGACGCCCCUCACUUUCGCUGUGUUACACGGACAUGUGCCUGUGGUGCAGCUGCUGCUGGAUGCCAAAGCCAACGUGGAGGGAUCCCUGCAGGACGGGCUGGAGAACUACACAGAGACCCCGCUGCAGCUGGCAGCUGCUGCAGGGAACUUUGAGCUGGUGAGUUUGCUGCUGGAGCGCGGGGCCGACCCCAUGGUGGGGACCAUGUUUCGGAACGGCAUCUCCACUGCGCCGCAGGGAGACAUGAACUCCUACAGCCUGGCAGCAGCUCAUGGACACAGAAAUGUGUUUCGUAAGCUUCUGUCUCACACCGAGAAAGGGAAAGGAGACGUGUUGUCCUUGGAAGAAAUUCUUGCAGAAGGUACAGAGCUGGAAAGCAGAAGUUCAUCUCAAAUGGACUUGAUCAGAACUGGAAAAGCCAAACUGAAAGCCCUGAAAGAAGCCAUGUACCACAGCUCUGAGCACGGGCACGUGGACAUCACCAUCGACAUACGGAGCUUAGGGGUGCCGUGGACUCUGCACACCUGGCUGGAGUCGCUGCGCACAAGUUUCCUUCAGCAUCGCAGACCUCUGAUCCAGGGUCUUCUGAAAGAGUUCAGCUGCAUCGAGGAGGAGGAGUACACCGAGGAGCUCAUCACGCACGGCCUGCCGCUCAUGUUCCAGAUCCUCAGAGCGAGCAAGAACGAAGUGAUCAGCCAGCAGCUGUCUGCAAUCUUCACCCAGUGUUACGGCCCUUAUCCCAUCCCCAAGCUGGCAGAGAUCAAGAGAAAGCAGUCAUCUCGUCUGGAUCCUCAUUUUCUGAACAACAAAGAGAUGUCGGAUGUGACAUUUCUGGUGGAGGGAAAGCCGUUUUACGCACACAAAGUCCUGCUCUUCACAGCAUCCAACAGGUUCAAAUCUCUUUUAGCGAACAGACCUUGUGGGGAAAAUACCUGCAUUGAAAUCAGCAAUGUGAAAUACCACAUCUUCCAGCUGGUGAUGCAAUAUCUGUAUUGUGGAGGAGCAGAAGCUCUGCACAUCAGGAACACGGACAUCAUGGAGCUUCUCUCUGCAGCCAAGUUCUUCCAGCUGGAAGCUCUGCAGAGGCACUGUGAGAUUAUAUGCUCAAAGAACAUCAACACGGACACUUGUGUUGAAAUCUACAAUCACACAAAGUUUCUUGACGCUCCAGACCUGGCGUCGUACAUCGAGGGCUACUUCCUGAAGAACAUGGUCGUCCUGAUCGAGCUGGAGCCGUUCAAACAGCUGCUGUACGACACGCCUCCAGAAAGCCCCGGCUGUGACGUCCAGCAGGACCUGGAGAAAACACUCGCCAUCCGCAUUCAGUCCAUCCACCUGUCCUCCUCCAAAGGAUCCAUUGUCUGAACUCCUGACCUCUCGGAUACUCACCAGAGAGCAAUCAGAGACACGGCACUGUGUCGAUAGGCAUCUGAGUUAGAGGUCUUAAAGAGGAAAAAAAUGAGACUAUCCAGUUGUGAUCUUUGUCUCCAUGAAGCUCAUCAGUUGCUAAUAUGCUUCUUGUUAUCUUAGCACAGAUGGUUACGAGUCUGUCUGUCUGCUUUGUUGAUAUAUAUGUCUACUAACAUGACUGUCAUAAGAUAGCUGUAUUAUGCCACAGUUUGCCAAUAACAUAUAUUACUGUAACAAUGCUCUUUGUUUGGCAAAUAAUUCCUCGGCUAAGUAUUAUACUCAGCAACAUGUCGAGUCGAACGGACCAGGUGGGAUUGCAAAAAACUCAGAGGAGGAGUUAUAACGGUCAGAACUCUGUCCCGACUCUGUGUUUUGAGACAAUAGUUUCCCUCAACAAAAUGUGAUAAGCCAUCAGUCUGUUCCUGGAUACGAGGAGAAAUCGCUCCCUCAUGCUGUGAUCAUUUGUUCAAAAAAAAAUUUGGACUUGUACAGAGAAAAGUAUUUGUAUAUUUGUCAGUCACUUAGAUCUAUGCUGAUUACUCUUUGACAAAAUAUAGGACAAAAAAAAAACCUACAAAAAAAGAAAAACCUGACAGAAGGUGUAAUGUGACUGAAGCUCCGGACUUUGGACAACUGGUUGGGAGAGCAGCCUUCCUACAGACUUCCUCCACUACUGUGUAAAUAUGUUCAUAAACAGAGCUAUUGAUAAUGUAAGUUAAUGUAUAUAUAUCCACAGAUGUUUUCUCAUGUGUCUUACUGUUGGAUAUUGCUGUAAAAAUGAAAAACGCAUCUUUUAAAUAUCUGUUUAAAUGUUGCAUGUCCGAGGGAUUGACUUGGGGUUUUUCUGUUCGUUUGUUUGAAGUGUUGAGAGAUUGCAUUGAGGAGCUGCUUUCACAUUUGACAAUAGUUUUGUCUUCAGCAUGGGUCACUAUAAAUGUGUCACAGUCAAA